AUGUCAAUAGAACACAAAUUGUUUAUACAGAGGGACAACAAACGUGCAUUUCAAUUUCAACAUCAAAAUGCUUCGGCAGUUGUUCCCCGAAAGCGCACUGAUCUGCUGAUGCUGAAGCUAUCGACUGGACAUGAAACAGAACCGGUCACUCUGCUUGCAUUUUCUGAUCGGCCGGCGCUCGAAGCAAAUGGCCGGGGGACCUUUCUCCGGCGCAUUUGCACGAACACCUCCGGCGCAAGCGCCAGCGCCAGCGCGCGAAAAUGGAGCGUCGCCCAGGUCUUCAAGUCCAACUUCGCCGACUCCCUCGAGCGGCUGCGGGCCCACGUCUCCGGCGCCGACUUCGUCGCCGUGUCGCUGCGGCGGACCGGCUGGCCCUCCGCCCCGUGGCACCGCGUCUCCCGCCUCGACACCCUCGAGACCGCCUACGCCAAGGCCAGACACGCCGCCGAGAAGUUCCAGGUCCUGCAGUUCGCCGUCUGCCCUUUCGAGGUCGGGCCGACCAAGGUGGUCGCGCAUCCAUAUAACUUCCAUUUGUUCCCUAGAGAUGAACUGGAUAUCAAGAGGCCAUCUUACAGCUUCGUUUGUCAGUCGUCACAUUUGGCUUCCAUGGUUGAUGAAGGUUUCGACUUCAAUGCCUGCAUUUACGAUGGAAUCUCAUACUUAUCCAGAGAGCAAGAAUGUCUUGCUAAAGUUUGGAAGGGGAUUCCAGUACAUGGUCAAUAUCUGGAGAAAUCCUCUUCGAGCCCUUCUGUAGCAGAUGCAGUUUUUCUUGAGAGGAUCAGAUCUCGCAUUAAGCAAUGGAAAAAUGCAUUUGAGGAUUCAAGCACAAGGAACGAUGAACCUUUUGUAAGAUCAAUGAGGAAACUUAUCUUAGGGAGUGAAGAGUAUGGAUCAAGACCAUCCAUGACUCUAGAUGUUUGUAGCCAACGUCAAGUGCAACUUGUACUUGAGGUUUUGGCAGAAUUCUCUGAAGAUCUCGUUCCUUUAAUUAUUCCAGCAAAGGGUGCUGGAGCCUGGGCAGUUCGUGUCAUACUAACAAGUUCGAAAGAGGACAAGAUUCUUCUAGAGCAAGAGCUUCGAAAUCUUGAACAUGAGCAAACAAAGGCAUUUCAAGGUUUCCGAGAGGUGAUCGAAUUGAUUUCUGCUGCUCAGAAACCUAUUGUUUCCCACAAUUCUCUUAAUGAUUUUGCAUCUAUCUAUCCAAUGUUCCUCGCUCCACUGCCUUCAACUGUGGAUGAGUUCCUUCAGUCCUUAUGCUUAGUUUUCCCCCAAGUAUUUGAUGUCAAUCAUCUGAUGAAGGAAAUUGCUCCCUUGGGCAAGACAACCGAUAUACCCACGGCACUUUCCUUCCUGAAUAAUCGGUUCGUUGCACCCAUUGAUGUGGAAGUUUCACCAGUUACCGGAUGUGAAGGCAAGAUUCAUGGUCUUAAUGUUGUAAGGAUAUGUCACUUGUUUGCGAAGCUGUGUUCCAUACUGAGAUCUGCUUCUGAGAGCAGCAAAUCUGAUGGUAAUCAUCAGGCUGGGACCCUGGAACGGUUUGCCAACAUCUACAGACCAUGGCCUUCUGCAGAUCCACCUGAAGAGUCUAUCAGCAUUUGGAGAAACGAUACUAGAAGGGUAAACUGCAAGGAUGUGGUUUUUCUCUGGGGAUUUAGAAAGGGGUUGUCAGCUAAACUGCUGAAGAGCCAGCUCCAGGGGUCACACGAAGUCUUCUCCGAAAACUUCGAUGUUCGCUUGGUAGAUAAGAGCUGUGCUAUUGUCAUAUUCUGGCAACCAGGUUUAUCUGAAACUCUUUUGAGCAUAAUGAACAGUAGUGACAUUUCUGGACCAUUGUGGGACUUGGUGUCGGAAGGCUUAAAAGCUGCAGGUUAUGGGAUGUACGUAAAAUUAUGUGGGCUGGGUUUAUUUGAGGCAGAUUUAGCUGAUGCCUUUGACUGCAACUUUGCGAAUCAUGAUGACUAUUCUGAAGAUCAUUCCAUGAGAAAGAAUUAUGAGAUACAAUCCAGUAGCGAGUCCAUGAUUUACUUGGAAGAUUUGUGAUUAUUAUCUACUUUGCAUAUGGGACUUGCAUCCAAGACUGCAGUUCCUUCGGGCCAUGGCACAAUGUUCUGGCAACCUCUUGUAUGUAACAGUUGGAAGUGAUGUUUUGUACUCUGAAUUAAUAGAUGGCUAUUCCGCCAGACAAUAGGUUCUGCACGUGAGGUUCAUGAGAUCAUGUGCCAGAGCUAUGAGAGGCUGAUUUUGCUGCUCCCGAAAACUAUCAUGCCCUGGCAUUUCAAGUGGGUCACUCAAUAUUUAAGGUGUGACUAGUUUGGUAUCAACUGCUUCCUUGCCAACAUCAUUGAAGACAUUUCUGUUUUUCCAGAAGCUCUCAAUCAGUGGGGAUUUUCUUGGAGAUCCUAAUUUCUCUGAGCAGCUGGUUUGGCCUAAUUUCACUUGGGGUUCUAGCUGAUGUAGCAUUCUAUGAUUAAUGCAUCGAUUUGUGUCCCCUCUUAUGCAGUAAUUAAACCUCCAUCAGCUUUGUUGUUUUCCCCCCCUUUUUGUUUUAACCAAGUGGCUGCUUUGGUUAGACAGAGAUUUGAUCUUCAACCUUGUCGCGUCGGUGCUGGGAAUUGGAAAAGUAGUAUUUGCAGAGCCUUUUUUGGCCAAAAUAAUGAAAUUUUGCUCUGUACUAUCUGAUGAAAGAACUGGUUAUUUUUUGAGCUUCUUUGA